GGCAAACAAACUUCUGGAACGCUUCAUGACAGGAUUAGGGGGUCAUCUAUUAUCGCAGCCAAAUCUAACACCAGCACAUCUCAUCAUAGGCUUACCAGCGAGACUGGACACCCUCCCUUUUAGUUCAAUGUUGGUUAGACUUCCUCCAUGAAUUAGUCCCUGCCCUGAGUUAGUACAGCGAUGGCGGCCGUCCUAAAAAGAGGCUUUGUGCAGAGAAAACACAGAGUGUGGUCUGGAUGCUACUGGUCUCAUCUGAACGCCCGGAGCCUAUGGGGAAUGUUAAAUGCAGUAUUCAACAAGGUUGACUAUGCAAGAAUCAAGGAACUAGGGCCAGACCAGGCAGCUGCCGAAUGGCUGGUGCGAUGUGGAGCUGUCGUUAAAUUCAAGAAUAUGAAGGACUGGAGCACCGAUUACAACCUCCUGCCCAGGGGACCCAGGGGAAGGUUCUUCAUUGAAGAGGUUGAUGCUACCGAUUCCUGUAUCAUGAACAUUGGUUUUGAUUAUUUCAUUGGUCUGGACCACCUACGGUCACUCAAGCUGCACCACUGUACUUACCUGCGAGACCUUUGUCUCUCCAAACUGGACAUUCUUCAAGAUUCCUUGGAGGAGUUGCAAGUUAGCAGCUGUGGAGAUAUUUCAGACACUGGGCUAGUUUCCUUACACAAAUUACAAAAACUCAAAUAUCUUUUCUUAUGCGACCUGCCAGCUGUCAAGGACAUAGACAGUGUCCUGAAAACCGUUGGUACUGCAUUACCCUCAUGUGAGAUCAGGUACCUGUCCCUGGAGGGACACAAGGAACUCAAGAAACUUGGUAUCGACAGGGAGUUCUUCUCUUGAGGAUGUCACACCGUGAGGACAGUCGUCUCAGGAUAUGUGCUCAGCAUUUAACCCCAGCUCCACUGUCUUUAGCAUGAAACUCCAAAAUGUGGCAGCAAUGUGCUCCAAUCUACAGAAGCAGCCUGGUGGCCCCGUCAAGUUUGCUUGUCUUCCACCAUCUUAAAAGUUAAGCCACCAAACUUUAAAUCUUGCCAUCAAGUUUGACAUUUUGGGUACUGCAUUUACAUUCUGGAAUAUGUCAUCUCUAACAUAACAAUAUCUUGAUGAAAAAACUGCCUGUGAUCAACACUUGAAAUUGCUCUCAAUUUUUAUGAAAUAAAUCUGCAUCUUAGAUGCCCCUAAAUGAACAAGAGUGGAACUCUUAAAAAUGCGGAGGUCUCAGAGUGGGCCCUGAACCCUCAGUACCCACCAUAUUUGGAGAACACUGGUAAUAGUGUUGGAGUUUUCUAACAAGUAGCCAGAACAGUGUACUGUAAUGCGAGGAAAUAAAGAAGGAAACGGUGCUGAGGAGUAAAUCUUGGAUUGAGUGCCUAUUAUUAUCAGGGUUUCUGCAGACAAACGUUUUUUGUACAGGAAGUUUGCUAGAUGGAACUCUUUCUUCAGGGUCCUUGAGUCUUCAGUUCUUCCAUGCUAUCUGCUUGAGCAUCUCCCCAGAGAAUGUCUGUGAAGGUUACUCCUGUUCUGUUUCAGAUCUUGUGACCAUACUUUGGCUGCCAGAUUAUUUUUCUCAUAGUACUUUGUGACUGCAACGGUAUCCUGCUUGAUCAAGUGAGAGCAUAUGAUGUGUACUUAGUGAACUGACUAUCUCCAGUGAAUCACACACUGUUACCUACAGCACACAAGGUCUAUACCCUUCCCAUUUGUAAUGCAUGUAAAUGAGUUUCUGAUGACUCCAAAUUUAUCAUUCAUUAAUAGUUUAUUUUCAGAUUUUGUGAACUGACGUGUGAACAGGCAGAGGAAACCUGUGACCCUGUGGCUCUCUUUUUUUGACUCGCAUGCAGUGGUGUGAAGGGUUCCAACAAUCCCACAAAAGGCCACAGGUACCGUGGUCCUUUGUGCUUUGGCUUGUACAUGGGAGGGAAGAGAUUACACUGCGAUAUUGAGCCGCUGCAAAAACUGAUAUCAUGGCCCAGUGAGCAGGGGUGAUACGUGUACUCGGUGCAAAGGGAUGGGGUAAUUAUCUGAUAAAGCACUGUUGUAGAUGUACUUGACUCCAUUACAUGUCAAGUCCAUUCUUGCAACCCGUCAUAAGUAACGGGAGGAGCGAUGACCGAGGAAUGCUUUCAUCACAGUUCCUUUGCAUAGUUUGUGACAUACAUGUAGCCCAAGAUUGGAUGACUUGUGAUGGGCUGGCAGUGAAUUCAGACGAGUGUACUUGGCGACAACAGCAAUAACGAAGCGCUGUAAUAUGAGCAGUAAUUAUUAUUAACCCUGUGUGGGUCUAAUAUGAGCCACUGAAGGGAGGGGCCUAGUGAAGGCAACAGAUGGUUAGUCUAGCCCUGUAUUCGACAUGGCAGACUGCCCUUGGGAUGUCUAGUUAGUAUGUGCUAGCAGUAAUGAUAAAUGUGCUACUCAUUGAUCACGUCAUAAAGAGUGCACGUGAAAGUGAACAGCAGGUGUGGUAACACGAGAUCUGAUGAGUGCACCCACGUCUUCAACAGGACUGGAUGAAUUUUUUCAGAUAUUUUGCUCCGAACGAAGCGUUAAAUUUGUUUCAAAUUUCUGUGAUAUGCAAUUUGUGUACAGUUAUCACUACUGUAUGUUUAUGUGAAUUGCGAUUGUUAAAAGAGUCAUUCAUCCAACACAAAUUAAUGAAAUUCAAUAAAAUGCUGUUUAGCAUUAUGUGUAGUUACAUGGCUCAGUGCACAACAAAGAUGGUUGUAUCGAUUUAUUUUGUAUCAUGCACAAUUCAGAGGAAUGUGGAGAGAAAUGUUACUUUAUUUUCAUGUUAGAAGUGAUCUUGGAUUGAAACUAAAAUAUCUUGUCCAAUGUCCAAGAUCUGUUUCCGUACAUGUACACGUAGAUGAAGGUUCACCGAAUUGUCAACAACACACAAUUAUCCACUUGUGACGGUACAUGUAAUUUGAAGUGUCUGUAAAUUCUGUGUAUGGCCAAAUUUGGAACAUAUUCAGUCGAAAAGAUGUUUCCAGGAACAUUAUUAAAGACCAGGUUUUCUUUUGUCGGACACAAGAUCAUUAACUACUUCGAUUCUUCAAUGUGCAGAAGUUCUUGAAAUGCGUUAAUUUUAACUUGCAUCUCUCAAGAUUAUAAACUUGCUGCCUUCAGUAACAUUGCUGAAUGUAGUUUUUAAAUAAACUUUCUUGCACAUGCUAUCCACCUCUGUACUUGUAAAUGUAUGAAAACUACUUGAUAAGAAGGAUUGAAAAAUGCACUUCUUUCAGUUAUUAAAUUUCUGUUUCUCUGGACAUCUUUGGACGUUUUUGCUGUUCAAACUUUGCAAAUCAAAAAUAUAUUCGACAAAGAGCUAGUCACUAUUUUACGUGCAUGUACUUGGACCACAAUAAAAGAAAACUGUUCAAUUUUGUGCAAAGACA